CUCCGAUACCAAAGCUUUCAAAGCGUUGGUGGACUGAAUGAUAUAGAUCUAUCAUCCUACUGGAACUCUAGGAUCACUUUCCAGCUCGAUCCAUCAAUCUAGUUCUUUGGCAUCCAUCCAUUUGCAUAGAGUUAUCAUCCAUCAUGGAACUCCGGGUGAUCACAACACUAGUGCUAGCAUUGUGGGUUUCUGGAGCUUUCAGGCAUGGCUCCGGAGCUUCUCCUCGUGGGUCCUGGGAAUUGCUCGUCGAAAACUCCGGUGUAUCAGCCAUGCAUAUGCUCGUCUCACACACCAACAAAGUUCUCAUAUUCGACAGGACGGACUACGGACCCUCGGCGAUAAGGCUCCCGCACGGACGAUGCCGGAACGAUUCCUCGGAUCUCGCGCUCAAGAUCGACUGCUGGGCUCACUCGGUGGAGCUCCAAAUUCCCACUCGCAACAUUCGUCCCCUGGAAGUUCUUACAGAUACCUGGUGCUCCUCGGGGGCGUUUCGAGCCGAUGGUACGUUCACUCAAACAGGGGGAUGGAACGAUGGCGCUAGAGUCGUCCGCCACUACAACUUUUGCGAGGAUUGCAACUGGACCGAGCAGCCGGGAGGCCUCCAGAGGCCUCGAUGGUACGCCUCGAACCAGAUUCUUCCGGAUAAUCGCGUUAUAGUCGUCGGUGGUCGAGUGGCAUUCAGCUAUGAAUUCGUCCCUGGAGAUGGUCACCUCUACAGCCUUCCGUUUCUUCGCUCGACCAGCGAUGAGCGAUCCGAGAACAAUCUCUAUCCCUUCUUGCACCUCCUCCCGGACGGGAACCUGUUCGUCUUUGCAAACUCCGAGUCGAUUCUUCUCGACUACAAGAACAACAAGGUCGUCCGGUCCUACCCGAGUCUACCAGGCGGCGCGAGGAACUAUCCAGCGUCGGGAUCCUCGGUCAUGCUCCCGCUGCUCGCCUCGCAGAGAUUCCAGCGCGUGGAGGUGCUGAUCUGUGGUGGAGCUUCAAAGACGGCUUAUAAGCAAGCAUCGUCGGGGUCGUUCGAGACUGCUCUAAAAACUUGUGGGAGAAUGGUGGUGACGGACAAUAACCCAAGUUGGAUAUUGGAAGAGAUGCCACUUCCAAGGGUCAUGGGCGACAUGGUAAACUUACCAACCGGAGAAGUUCUCAUUAUCAACGGGGCUCAACAAGGCACCGCCGGAUGGAGAUUCGCGAGAAACCCAGCUUUGACACCACUCUUGUAUUCUCCCUCCUCAACUUCGUCAUCCAAGUUCACCACUCUAGCUUCCGCAAGUAUCCCACGCAUGUACCACUCCACAGCGAUUUUGCUACCGGAUACCAGAGUUCUCGUGGCCGGGAGCAAUCCAAACGUUGGCUAUGACUUUAGCGAAGUUUUGUUCCCCACGGAGCUGAGGAUCGAAGCUUUCAGCCCUCCAUACUUGGACUCGUAUUUCGAUGGUGUGAGAGCUGAAAUAAGUUCCAUGUCCAAGGUGGUGAUUGGAUACAACUCUCAGAUCACGAUCGAGUUCUCGGUCUCGGUAUUGGGCGACAUGGAAGCUACUUUAUAUGCUCCAGCCUUUGCGACACACGCGUAUUCCAUGAAUCAGAGGCUGCUCAAGCUGGAAUCGAGCUCGCCAGUACUUGAUGAGAAUUCUGGAUACUAUACGUUCGUAGUACGAGCGCCUCCUACAAAAACAAUAGCCCCUCCGGGGUAUUAUAUGCUUUUCAUUGUCAAUAGUGGAGUCCCCAGCACAGGGAAAUGGAUACAAAUGCUCUAGUCUAUAGGCAAUUUUUAUUCUUUCACAUGAAUUUUACAAGGGA